AUGAACUUCUUAAUUGUGGUUGCUCUAGCCCUGGCCGUUGCAGCUGAGGAUUCUAUCACUACUAACUAUCAUGAAGCGAUUGGCAUUCCUGAAGCUACACGUAUCUGGUUAGCGGAAAGGGCGCAAGAUUUUGAUGGUAGCAAAAUAGUAGGAGGACAGGCUUCAGCUCUUGGCGCUAAUCCUCAUCUGGGUGGCUUGAUUAUUGUAUUGACAAACGGCAGACAAUCGGUAUGCGGAUCUUCGCUUAUCUCGAACACCAAGUUGGUGACCGCAGCUCACUGCUGGAGGGACUCUAACUCACAAGCUCGUCAGUUCACUGUCGUCCUCGGAUCUCUUCGUCUAUUUUCGGGAGGUGUUCGCAUAGAAACCAGAAGUGUCCAAGCCCAUGCCAGCUAUAACACCCAGAAUCUCAACAAUGACAUAGCUAUUAUUUCCAUCAGCCACGUAACCUUUACCAACGCAAUUCGGCGAGUUGCAUUAGCCACUGGUAGUAAUAAUUAUGUUGGUGUCUGGGCAACGGCUGCUGGAUUCGGCAAAACUAGCGAUUCUGCUGGCAUAUCAAACAGUCAGUCACAGAAACAUGUCACUAUGCAAGUUAUUACCAACGCCGUCUGUACCAGCACUUUUGGUCCCAGUGUCAUUACUGCUUCGACAAUGUGUACUGCCACUAAUGCCGGAAGUACGUGCAACGGUGACUCCGGUGGCCCUCUUGUUAUUGGCAGUGGCGACAAUCGUCAGUUGAUCGGUAUCACCUCAUUCGGAUCUGGCUCUGGGUGCUCACGUCGCUUACCAGCCGGUUUUACAAGAGUCACUUCCUUCGCCACUUGGAUCAACGCGCGCUUGUAG